CAGAUUGGUUUCCAGGCCACUGCUGUUGUUGAAGAGAGUAUCAAGACAUUUCUGACUACGAUACCUAUCAAGUCAACUGCUGCUGCUUAGGAGAGUAUCAUAACAUCUCCGACUACGGUGGUUGAUCAUUCUACUGAGGUUCUGACGCAAGGAGAAGUAGCACCAUUCGAGGAGGAGCUUAUAGCAGCAGCAUGUAAGAGGAUGGAGGAUAGCGAUGAUGAUAUUAUCAUCUCUGAGAGAAUUAGGACUGAGGAGGAGGCAUGCGCACUGUACUCUAUCACACCGGAAGCAUGGAAGGCAACCCUAAAAACUCUAGAUUUUGAUAGGUCAAAAUACCACCCAUUCGGCGAAUCAGUGUACGUUCUGCCAAAGACUCUUUCGACGAAACUCGACGAUACGGCU